AUGGCAAGGGUUUCCUACGUUGAAAGUUUACCUUUGGCCAAUUCACCUGAGGUGUUUGGCCUGCACCCCAAUGCUGAGAUCGACUAUUAUUCUUCUGCAGCCAAGGAAAUGUGGCUCCAAUUGCUCGAACUGCAACCACAGACUGGAAACCAAUCAACCUCUGUCAAUCGAGACGAACUCAUCAGCCAUGUUGCUGAUGACGUGCUUAAGGCGUUGCCUGCUUGCUUUAACGGGGAGGCUAUUCGAAAACGAUAUCAAAACGAAAUGUCGCCCACCACAGUGGUACUAUUGCAAGUAAGCGAAGCUAAGUUGUUGCCUAACUAUGGAGCUGUAUUGUGGGUAACCUGGCCAAGUCUUAGGUCCUAA